AUGAACACUGGUGAUGUUGACCAGCAGGGUGCAGGUGGCGGGGUACUUUACUGCAGCGACGGGGAUCAGGAUUUGUUCUCCGGCAACGCUGUUACCGGUACGCGGGAUGAGGCUGCUGCUGUCGGUGACUGUAAGAAACCGUAUCUUGUGUGCGGCUACAUCGCUGCAACUAAUUUCUUCAUAGCAGCGGCGGUUACCCUGAUGGUGCCGAUCAUGGCCUUGGAGGCCGAGUUGAAGAAUCCAGAUGCUAGCAGCUCUAAGGGUAAGAGCGUAUCUAAACAUGCUUCCGUGGGGCUUGUGUUCAGCAUUGCCAAGUUCACCCAGGUCCUUGUUGCGCCAGUCCUCUCAUCGGAAUUAGGCAACAUCGGCAGCAAGUAUCUUCUAGUCCUGAGUACCAUGGCUGUUGCAGGCUGCUUGGUACUGUUCGGAUUCAUCGCAUACGUGGAUGACUGGAUUCAAUUUCUACUACUGAGCUAUUCUAUACGGAUUGCACAAGGGCUGUUCGACAUUGCCAACUUAAUUGCUGGCUACGCCAUUCUCGCAGUUGUGCUAGCCGACAAGCCGGCUUUUGCGAAUGGAUUGUUUUUUGCUUCCAAUGGCUUUGGCUAUGCAUUUGGUCCAUUUCUUGGAAGUACUUUGUACAGCUUUGGAGGGUUUACCAUGACGUUUGUUGUUGGUGGUGCUACGCUAUUUCUAGUAGCAAUAAUAUUGCUUCUAGUUAUGCCGACUGUUGAUCAGGUGGCGGAAAGGCAAGCAGCAGGUAUGCCCAUGCGUAGUAAUAUAAGCACGCUGGAGCUGUUGACAGUUCCCUGGCUGUGGGCAAUACUCCUCAUGCUAUUCCUUGGGAAUUUCGUGUUGGGAGCCGUGGAGCCUACACUGUCCUUGUACUUCAUCAGAUACUUACACACCUCAACUACCAUCAGUGGUCUAGCCUUGCUUCUUUUUGGCGUUCUAUUUUCAGGGUUGACGCCAUUGCUGGGACACAUUGUUGACCUUGGCUAUGUCAGUAUCGAAGCCGCUCAGCUAAUCGGCCUGGUAUCAUGCGGUCUGGCAUAUCAGCUUGUGGGUCCCGCUCUGUUUCUCGGCUGGCCACGCUCUUUGGCGCUCAGCUUUGUGUCCAUGGCGUUCUUUGCACUUGGAAUGGCUGCACUGCUCACAGUCGCUGUCCCGGACAUGACUCGUACCUGGUCCGAGCGCGGCUUCGGCUCACCAUUCGACCUGCGCUAUGUCGUGUCAGGCCUGAGUCGCCCUGCCAUGGCUCUGGGCUAUGGAGCUGGCUCGAUCGUUGGCAGUAGUGUUGUAGCUGCUGUUGGCUUCCAAAACGGCAUGUCUGUGAUCGGUGGGGUGUACUUUGCAGUCGGGCUGAUCGUAGUGGCCCGCUGCCUCCAAAAAUAUAUUGUGCUGUACCGUAUGUCGCGUGUGAGGAAACGAUUGCCAGCUAAGGACUGA